AUGGAUGCAUUUGCUUGUUUUGGAGUCCGAUCCAAAAAGAAAUCAAUGUUGGCAGAGAAACAGCUGCAACAGGAAAUGAAUGAAGCAGAGAAACAUCCAAACUAUUUCAACUUACUGUCGACAGAAUUGAUUCUUUAUGUUUUGAAAUCACUGACAAUUCCAGAGUUGUGUACGAUUGCAAGAUUGAACAAGAGAUUUAAAGAAUGUUGCUACGACGCAACACUUUGGCGCAACCUGGCGAUGAACGCCAACAUGCCGCGCAAAAAAAUUAUAGCAGCGCUCAAGUCGAUGGAAGCAACCAGUCGUCUGUCGUCAGUCUAUAUGGAUGGAGGACGAACAUCUGAUGAAUGUCUCGAACUUCUGGCGAACGGUGCCGUCAAAUUGAAAUCGAUUAAUCUUCACAAAGUUGAAAAUAUCACAACCACUGGAAUCUGUCAUAUCAUCAAAAAUACCAAUCUCUCAUUUUUAAAUUUCAACGGUAUCUCUGGUUGGGAUAUCAGAACAUUAGCACCAUAUUGUGCACAUUUCACAUCAAUGGAUUUAGGAUCAAGUAAUAAUUUAAGUGAUGACGAUUUGAAAGCACUUACUAGACAAUGUAAAAAGUUAAAGUUUAUUUCACUCAAGAGCUGUAAACUCAUUACAGAUCAUGGUGUUUUGGAGUUGAUUCAUGAUUGUCCACAGCUGAUGGAUUUGAAUUUAGCCAGUUGCAGCAAAGUCACCAGAACCAGUGUACAACACGUCUUGCAACAGCUACACUCGCUGACCACUCUCAAUCUAUCGGGUUUCAAGAAUAUUCAUCCAAUCGUUUUCCCCAAGAAUCCAUACCGUCUGCUGAAUACCCUGACCAACAUCGAUCUGUCAUUCACCGAUGUCAACGAUGAUGACAUUCGCCAGCUGACAGAGUAUGCUGCCAACCUCAAGAAUCUUCGUUUGUGUGCCUGUGUCGAGGUGACCGAUGCAUCGAUGGUAAUGAUUGCCAACCACUGUAAGAAGCUGGUGUGUGUCGAUAUGUCGCGUGACCAACAACCAGGUAGUGCUCAGAACAAGGGACCAAUGAAGAUCACCAUCGAAACCGUAGAAGCACUGUUCCUCAAUUGCCAAGACCUCCAAAAGGUUGCACUUUCCUACUCCUCUAGAAACAAUAUUACCAAGCGUACAGUAAUGGAGCUCCAAGAGAGAAGACUUGCUGUUGGUUGGAAGAACGUCAAUUUCACAUUGAACGAAGAAAAUAUAGUUUUAAACAAUAACACAACAUCGUCGUCCGCUUCUUCUUCAUCUUCUAUAGCCAACUCUAAUAAUAAUAAUAAUAAUAAUAAUAAUAAUAACAAUAACAAUUCCAACAACAACAAUAAUAAUAAUAACAAUAAUUUAAAUUCAAGUAACAACAACAAUAAUUAUAAUCCAAACAUUAACAAUAUGAAUUUACCAAUUUCCAAUGGUGGAACUGCUCAAAGUUAA